ACCUACCACGUUCAGUGCAGUAGUGACAUUCCUCUGGAUGCGUGGCUCCUCUUGGCUGCUACCUAUGGUAGGUAAGGACAAUGCCAGUCCAAGCUGUGUGGCCUGCCGGUGACAUGUUCUAUAGGCUGCAGUGCUGCUAAUUGCUGUUUUCUCUGAGGAAACUACACAAUCAGAUUAUUUCCAGACGGAUACUCACAAGUCAACUAUGAAAUCAAUUAGAUGUGUUGGUGUCUUAUGACAGGAGAGCAGGGCUGUGUGUCUUCGAGCAGGGAUAGGGUGGCUGGAGGUUACAAUCUUGUCACAGUCAUUUGCACCAUCUACCCCAGAAGACGGAACCUUAUUGGAUUUCUCCUGUCACUAGUGUUAAGUUUCUGGGGGUGGUCGCUGUCGAGGAGUAGAGGACAGCUUCCAGGAUAUUGUCCAGUCUGGCGACGCUCGGUUAAAGAGGUUACAAGUUGCGUGCAUGUGCAGCGUUGAUGUUCAUGUGUUUGAGUGAUGUUAUGCCUGGUCAGGUGAGGUCCGUUUUAUCAGCUGGGAGACGCAGUAAGCGGACACACACACAGCCAACCGGAGAGCUAUAGCAAGUAACUAAUGGAUGUGCAGAGGGUAUUGAUCAAAUGCACUAAGUGGAGUUUUCCACCGGGACAUGAGAGUCGCUCUAAGCACCCCUUCCACCACCGCCACCAUCCAACAGACAGAGGAACAAAACUCCCUGGACUCUAACGGCACAAAUUUAAUUUUUUGAAGAGUUUCUGUUGGAUGUAGACGCUGAAGCUACCAUGGAAACGUGGCCUGUUCUUCAAGCAUGCCACAUUGCAUCUGACAGGAAGAGGUACUAGUAUCGAGCCAGAAAGAGGGUUAAGGAGAACCCACGCAGGGUUAAUUAAACUCAGGGUAUCUGGUAUGAGCAUCUUAACCCACCAACCUAGAUUGUCUUUGAGGAGAUUUACACAGUUUCUAUUUUCAGUUCAAUGGGAUUUGAAUUGGGAUCCCUAAAAAUUGAAUGCAGUGUGAUUUUGUUUCACGGAGUUGGUGUGAGAAGAGAUUUGAGUGCUCUGUUGAUGUUAGGAUAUACCAUACUUCAUGGACAACAUCGUGAUGAGCGAAUGCAGGAUCGCCACUAGGAACAGUGUUCAUGGUGUUGAACAGCAUUCUCAGGGUGUUCACUUGCUUGGUCCGCCUGCUUACUUCUCUGUGUAAAACUCAGACACAGUUUGUCAUGUUGAAACCAGACACCGACUUUGACCGGCGCAGGUCUCGUACCAGUCUUGCGUCCAUCUUUGAGGAUUUGGUCAGUUUGAGAAAGUCCCUCCUCAACAGAGAUACUGACACACUGAGUCAAAGGUCCUGGGUUGAAAAGACAUUUUUCAAGAGAGAGUGUUCCAAGUUCAUCAAGAGUUCCAGAGAUGCAACAAAAUGCUGCUGUGGGCGUGGGGAGGCAUGGCAUGGGAACCUGCCUCGACCCCCUGAAGAUGACACUCCAAAGCAUGAUGAGCGAUGGCACCCUAUCAAGCACUCAGAACCAAGACCAACUGAUGCAUAUGGCACCAUCGAGUUCCAAGGGGCACCCCAUCCCAGCAAGGCACAGUAUGUCAGAUUGAGCAGCUUUGACACACGCCCUGAGCAGGUUCUCCAUCUCCUGCAAAAACAUUGGGGCCUUGACUUACCCAAGUUGCUCAUCACUGUACAUGGUGGCAUCCUCAACUUUGACCUCCAACCCAAGCUGAAGCGAGUGUUCCGCAAGGGCCUCCUCAAGGCUGCAAAGACAACCGGAGCAUGGAUAGUCACAGGUGGAACAAAUACAGGUGUGACACGACAUGUCGGAGAUGCCAUCAGUGACCGCACAACUAAGGCCAGGAACAAAGUGGUGGCCAUUGGGAUUGCCCCUUGGGGGAUUGUCGAGAACAGAGAGGACCUCAUAGGGAGGGACAUUGUGGUCCCAUAUCAUUGUGUAUCUUCACCCAAAACCAAUUCAGCCGUCCUUAACAGCAAUCAUUCCUACUUCCUCCUGGUAGACAAUGGAACCAUGGGGAAGUAUGGGGGCGAGAUUCUCUUCAGGAAGAAGUUGGAGAAAUACAUUGCCCAGCAAAAAAUAUGCAUAACCAGUGGUGUGAAAGGGCGUGGUGUGCCGGUGAUCUGUGUGGUGCUGGAGGGUGGAGCCAACACCAUCCGCUCUGUCCUGGAGUAUGUGACCGACACCCCCCCAGUCCCCGUGGUGGUGUGUGAUGGGAGUGGGCGGGCCGCCGAUCUCCUGGCCUUCACACACAAGUACACCAUUGAUGAUGGCACAAUGCCAGAGAGUCUACGUGAUCAGCUAAUCAUGACGAUACAGAAGACCUUUCAGUACACCCAGGAGCAGGCAGAGAAACUCUUCAUCGAACUCAUGCUGUGUGUCAAGAAGAAGGAACUGAUAACAGUAUUCCGAAUGAGUGAAGGAUCCCAGGACAUAGACUUGGCCAUCCUCACUGCUUUGCUCAAAGGUACCAACGCAAGUGCUCCUGACCAGCUGAGUCUAGCUCUCACCUGGGACAGAGUGGACAUUGCACGAAGCCAUAUAUUUGUGUAUGGACAGGAGUGGCCGGAAGGGUCUCUGGAGCAAGCAAUGAUGGAUGCCCUUAUCAACGACCGUGUGGACUUUGUGAAGCUGCUGCUGGAGAACGGAGUCAGCAUGCACACCUUCCUCACCAUCCCUCGGCUGGAGAUCCUCUACAACACGAGGCAAGGCCCAACCAACACCUUAAGAUACCUGAUCCGUGACAUCCGAAAGCAUGUUCCCUCCAACUACAGCUACACGCUACCUGAUGUGGGGCUUGUUGUCCAACAUCUCAUGGGAGGCGCGUUCCGCUCAUCAUACUGUCGAAAACGAUUCCGUCAGAAGUACCUCGCACUCAAGAACCAUCUUUCGGAACAAGAGGGUACCUCCAUAGGCAAUGUGGUGACAUCCAUCCCACACCUUGUGAACACCAAGCAGGUGGAGGAGCUGUUUCCCUACCCAUUCCAUGACCUGAUGAUCUGGGCCGUCCUCAUGAAGAGACAGAAGAUGUCCCUGUUCAUGUGGCAGCAUGGCGAGGAGGCUAUGGCCAAGGCUCUGUUAGCAUGCAAGCUGUUCAAGGCAAUGGCACAUGAGGCCGACCAGGAUGACUUGGAAAUAGAACUAUCGGAUGAAUUUAGAUCCUAUGCAAAAGAGUUCCAGACUCUGGCCCUGGAGUUGCUGGAGCACUGCUACAAGAUCGACGACGACUACACCCAGCAACUUCUCACGUACGAGCUGAAGAACUUCAGUGAGCAGACCUGCCUGAGUCUUGCCGUGGCCGCCAACCACCGGGAGUUCAUUGCCCACACCUGCUGCCAGGUGCUACUCAACGACCUCUGGAUUGGGGGGCUGCGCAUGAGGAAAAAUACAAGUAUGAAGGUGCUUCUAGGAAUCCUCCUGCCACCAUAUGUAGCUGCCCUGGAGUUCAAGAGUAAGGAGGAGUUGCAACUCAUGCCUCAGACAAUGGAAGAACAUCUGGAAGAGCUUGCAGAUGGUGCCAGUGAUAUUGAUAACAUCUCAGUCAGCUCCUUCGAUGAAGACCAGGUGAUUGAAAAUGACUUUAACGAUGACCUGGAGACAAGUUUCCACUCGGCGCUGCAAGUGCCAGCCAAGGAGAAUGGCACUGUGCCAGUAGAUGUCAGCACCUACUCUAACCAUCCCUUCAAGAAGAAGAAGAGCCCACUCAGGCUCGGUAAGAAGAUCUACGAGUUCUACAAUGCUCCUAUCACUAAAUUCUGGUCCCACACGAUGACAUACCUUUCAUUUCUGGUGAUGUUUGCUUUCAUCAUUCUGGCCAAGAUCAAGACCACACUCCGCUGGCAGGAGUACUAUGUGGUCACCUACAUCUUGUCGCUUGCUGUAGAGAAAGUCAGACAGAUUAUAGCAUCAGAGCCCUCCAAGAUAGCCAUGAAACUGCGUAUGUUCACAGCACACAUCUGGAAUCUGUGGGACACGCUAGCUAUAUCACUGUUCACAGUCGGCCUAGGGCUGAGACUCAACCCAUCUACCCUAAAAGCUGGUCAUCUUGUGUAUACUGUGGACAUUGUCCUCUGGUUUGUCAGGAUCAUCGAAAACCUUAGUGUCAACAAGUAUUUGGGACCUUAUGUCAAGAUUAUUGGAAAGCUGCUGAAGGACAUGGCAUAUUUCAUCAUCAUCCUGUUUAUUGUGGUGACAAGUUUCGGCGUGGUGCGUCAGUCGAUCCACUACCAGAACGAAGAAAUGAGCUGGUCACGUGUGCUCAGGAAUGUGUGGUUCUAUCCAUACUGGAUGAUAUAUGGAGAGCUUUUCGCAGAGGAUAUAGAUCCAUGUGAAGACAAAAGUGACAAGUGUGCCUAUGGAUCAUGGGUAGCUCCAGCCAUAAUGUCCGCCUAUCUCCUAGUGGCCAAUAUACUCAUGAUCAACCUUCUCAUUGCAAGAUUUAAUUCAACAUUCUACAAGAACAAUGCCAUCUCACUGGAGAUCUGGAAAUUUCAGCGAUAUGAACUGAUUCAGGAGUAUGAGAUGAGGCCCAUCCUGCCACCACCUCUAAUCAUUUUCAGCCAUCUUUACCUGGCCUUUAAGUAUCUCAGACGACGCUGCAAGGGCAAGAGGGACUACUACGACAAUGGACUCAAAUUGUUCCUGUCUAAAGAGGACACAGAGAAACUUCAUGAUUUUGAGGAGGAAUGUAUGGAGGACUACUUCCGGGACAAAGAAAUCAAAUUCCAGUCCUCAUCUGAAGAACGGAUCAGACUAAUCAAUGAGAGGGUAGAAAAUAUGUCCAUGCGGGUUGAUGACAUGAACCAGAAAGAGAAUACUAUCAAGCUCUCUCUUCAGACUGUGGACUAUCGUCUUGGUCGGCUGGAAGAGAUAGCCCACCAGACGGCAGAGGCUCUCAACUACAUCCAGUCAUGUCUUGCUCAUGGUGAGAAUCGCUCUUUCCCAGCCACCCGAUUUCUCCACCCUUCCAUUUCCAGCCAUGAUUCCGUCAUAGAACAGGACCUUCCAGCAAUCAUCAUGGAGCCCCUGAUGACCCAUGAUCGGGGUCGUGCCUCCAGCACCGACUUGUCCCACGGAAGAAUAACACCAGAGACUCUAAUGCAUAGCCAGCCUUCUCCUGUACUGAUACAUUCAAAGAAGCCACUGAAUCAUGAGCAGUUGGAGAAAUUCACCAAUUACAGCCGAGGUAGACAAUUGAGUGGAGGGACCUACUCCAGCAUACCAUCUGUGGAUACACAAUCUGGAAGUGUUGAUGGGCAGGAUUCACGGAAAGAUGGUACUCCUGGAGAGUCCACUCUACGAUCACCUGAUUCAACUUUUGACAUUUCCAAUGUUAAGACCUUCAACAAAUCCAAUUCUGCAGUUCCUACAGAAGAUCCAACCUCUGAGACAACUGCAUCCAGCCCUGCAACCCUUGCCCCAAGUGAGGCUACAAUUGCUCGAAAUCCCGCUGCAAUUAUCCCAUCUCCACUGGUUAUCCCUCCUUCCCCUGUUACUGAUGACCCAGUUACCCCUGUGACUGUUGUAACCAUAGACUCUCCCACAGUGUCACCGCCUUCUCCUUUGCUCUCACCAGACAGUACAAGUACUCCCAUCAGUAACUCUGAAGUGCCACUUCUACAAAGAAGACAUGGUCCUAAGCUAUCUACUAUAAAUGUCAAUAAGGCUAAGGUGAGUCCUGAAUCCAAAUUACGAAUCAUUGGCGCACAGAACAUCAAUCUGCAAGAAGCACCUUCAACAACUGAAUCUCAUGGAGAGAUCACACUAAGCCCUGGCUCAAGUGCUGUGUUCACCACAGCCAAAAUCCCUGCAGUGACCAACACAUCUACAAUACAAGGUGGGCCAGACAAGCCAGCCAAUCUUAAUCUGAAUGCAACCAAAAAGACUGAUUGGAAGUCUAUACUCACUGGUAAAACUGAUAAUGCUUUCACCCCGAUCUCACCAGAGGUCACGCCACUGUCUCCUUCAAAGUCAAUCACCCAAACCACAGGGUCAUUCACCACCCCGGAUCCAGAGGUGAUCCCUCAAUCUGCUGUCAGGGAUUUAUCAUCAAUCCUAACCCCACUACAUGCAGAGUACACUUCAAUCACCGAUGACAUCGAUACAUCAUGCAUUAAAGACAGGAGCCCACAACGAAGUCCCACAUCAAGCAACGUUUUCUUCUCUGACAGCUUUUCAGGAUCUGCUCCUCUGGAGACACCAGCAUACAAGAGUGAGAAGGAACUUCUCCGGAAGGCCGAGGAGAUCGAACAUCGCAAGAUGGAGCAGGUGAUCCGGAACAGACUCCGACAGAUAUCCAUGGAUGAGAGUGACAGCAUCAGCGACAUCGCCAAGCUCGUUGUUAAUGAGCUGGGAAUGGAUGUGAAAAACGUUCCUCGGGAGGAUGAGGUCGAGGAAGAUGAGGAGGAGGAGGAAGAACAGAAGAUCAUCUUUGGUGGAGUGGAAAUCAAGAUCUCAUCCUGCAGCAGUCAGGAGAGUGAUCAGCCACCUCCACAUUGUUGACAUCACGAUCACUUAGGAAAUAUUGUGUACUUGAUCUUGAUUGAUGAACUGACCCUACUGUGGACAAAGCUAGACCUGAUAAUUCAAAGGUUUCUGCAAAGAAGGUAAUGUUCCUGAAGAGUAUGGAUUACAGCUGAAUGAGAACCAUUACGUACUCCAUGGAUUAUCAGCCUGAUGAGAUCAUUUAGGUCAAGGCUGUUCAGGGUCCUCUAUAUCUGUGAUCAUGAUGAACCCAGGUUACUGUGCAAAGGGUAGACUGAUGCUGUGUGACCAUGGCAAAUCACUCAACAACAUUCAACAACUAGUGCUAGUUAGAUCAGGUUGAUGCUGUCUGACAGUGACCACAAUUACUCUGCCUGCCUUGCCGGUGGUUGUGAUAAUCAUCAACCUAGUGGACCUCCCUCCCGUUGACUGACACCUGCUCAUCAUAGUCUAUAGCUGAAGUAGGCAACUGUUACCGUUGUUGGUUUAUAUAUAUCUCACAUCAUGCAAUCAGCUGCAAUGCACUUGGAAGAACAGAUUGGGUACAGUGGAAUAUUAGAGACAUUUUCUUUUGUUUGUGGCCAAGCUUCUUGCUCCCUGUAAGCUUUAGGGUAUAUUGGUGUGCAGCUUUGAGAGUGUGCUUUUGUUUUUGAAUAUUGGAUUCUUGUGCAGAACGUUUUUUAAAACUAUUCAUUUAGUUUUAGUAUUGCAAAAUAAACAAGAUUUUAAUAACUUUAGUUUCGAAGAAUGUAAUAUGUACCAGAGACCAUUCAAAUUAUUAUGUUAGAGGAAAGUUUUGAUUUUGUACAAUUUUCACCCAAAUCUUUUGUCAAGAGGGAGAACUGACAGAGACAAAACUAAAGACAUUGUAGUUCCUAGAUUCUAGUUAUUUCCAAAGGAAGUUUGCAGAAAGAAAGUAACAUGAUAUUAUUCUGUCAAAACAUUACUAUAGCUAGGGUAAACAAGUAAUGUCUAUGCAAUGUUUUGAAGCAGAGGUAACGUCAUUGUAGGUUCAGAUAACUUGUAACUUUUUACAAGUAUUAGCACAUGUAAACAGUAUUCAUUGUAUUUGUUCUUGCCUUUAUAGUUUUAUCAUUAUUGAAGAUAGAAUUGAAAUCUGGUCAUUGUCCAAUGCCUAACUUUGUUUUCGGCAGCCCGGUGACACAAUAUAGUUUCAGAUAGUUUGUAUCCUUCAUAGUGUAUUUGAUACUUCCAUGCAUCAUGCAUAGACAAAAUGAGUCCCAAUGUCAUUGAUAAUGGUAGAUUUGGGCUUAAUGAUCAGAUCUAGAUAAGUACUGUCUGGGUAAGCAAGUGGUUCAUUCAACAAAAUUUGUGUUCAGGAUAAAUUGUUCCAAUGAUUUAACAAUACACCCACCUACUCACUAGAUGGUAAAUUGAACUUGUGUCAGGGUAAACUCAUAUGUUUUAGAAGCUAAAGGUCUCACCUCCCAAUGUGAGAUGUUUGUGUCGCCAUUAAUGAAAUAUGCACACAGAUCGGGAAGCAUGCCGUUAUUCAACAUUCACAUUCAAGUUUAAAGUUAUGGGAUUCUGGUUUCUUGUUGGUUACUUUCUGGUUACUUUCCGUUGUGUUUAGUCUAUUCCUGAAUCAUUUGGUUAUGUAUAAGCACAUCAUUUCUUGAAACUAUGACAUCAUGGAUAAUAUCAUUCUUAAAUUGUUAAUGUACAUUCCAGAUUUCACUGUUCAGUAAGAAUUGUCACUGGAGUAUUUAAGGAUUACAGCCUUUCCAUAUCUUUCUAAAAUGCCAAAAAAUAAAUGGCAAGGGAUAAGUAGUUGAUUUUGCAUGGUUUAGAAAAUGUGAAAUUUGGUUUAUGCAAUUGAUAUGCAGUUCCAAAUUAAUGUGCAGUUCAGAUUAAUGUGCAGUACAGAUUAAUGCGCUUUUGAAUGAUGGAAGGACUGUGUGAGCUGCCUAAUUGACUGUAUGCAAGAGUUGUUUCAACCACUGGAUUCAUGUACUGUGUCACCCAAUCCACUGUCUGUGAGGACCCCUCACAAUCCACUGUCUGUGAUGUGACAAACCUUCUCAAGCAAUACUGUCCCUGUAGUUGUUGUCUCAACACACCUGUCACUGUACACUGUCACUGUGAUAAUGGCCUAGACCAGCCACAGUCUACGAAGCAACGGUUGCACUAGAGGUAUACUCUGACAUUGCAUUACAAUGUGUGAAGAUAGAGUGCUUAGAUUUUGUUUGUGGAACACAUCUCUUGAGGCUAGUGCUAGAUCCAUUUGAGAAUCAUUCUCAAAGGGAAUGAAGUGUUUGAUGUUUGUGUUUCAUGUCCUACAAGGAAAUGUGUUCCAUGCUAGUUUUCUCAAAUAUUUCUGUUAUGAGGAAAGAUUUUGAAUUUUCACUUUAUGAUUUUGUGUAUAUUGUGUGUUUGAUGGGCAAGUACACAUGUUAUCCUUUGUCUAUAGAGGGUAAGAUAGGAUCUCUAUGAUGUGAGGUUAGUUGCAGAAGGAAAUACCGGAGCAUACUCUUUGUGUGCCUUUGGUGUUUUACACCCCAAAGUGUUUCACAAAGCACACUUCUGCGUUCAUGGUCUCAGAAAUGAUUAAAUCGGGUUAUGUGUUUUAUAAUACCUUGUGAUACAGUAUGUAUGUGGAUUACUCUUGUGUGAUGUAUACAAACUCAAAAAUCGAGUGGUCCUGAACUUCUGUUGAGUCAUGGGUUUAUCAGAUUUGUUAACAAGACCUAUUGCUGAAGUUCUAUUGUAAUGAUACCUAUUCAUAGAUUCAGCAUUUCAGCAUUCCAAAAAUCUGCUGUGACUCUAAAGACAAAAUUAUUUUGAUAUCCAAUAAAAAUAACAACAGUUCAUACCACAUGACGUAGGUCAAGCACAGAAAUGAUCAUCUCCAAUCUCUCAUGAAGAGAAACUUUUUAUCAUAUUUUUUCAAAAGUGGUGUUUUGUUAUUUAUAUUUUAAGCACAAAGCAGUUGAAUUUAAUCUUCUUCUUUUAAAUUGUCACUAACAAAGCACUUUUCUUCAAGUUGUUUCACAGUUAUUGACAAGUAUGUCAUGAAAAUAUGAGUGUUGUCAUUUUCACAAAAGCAUCCACAUAUUCGGUCUCCCAUCGAUCUUUAUUUCCGAUGUGACACUUAUGUUAUGUUAUGAUAUUGUGAUAAGGGCAGCUAGACAUGUAGGCAAGAUAGAUAUAUGUUGAACAUGUGAGGUACACUUGCUACUGGAUUGGCAAGGAUUUUAUGCAAGAUGAUUAUUCUCAUUACAUUUUCAGCAGAUUUGAACUAAUUUCACAAGAUGCUCAAAACGAUUGGUUCUUUUAGGUUUAUUGAAAUUUUAAACUUAAGCUGGAAUACCUUUGAAAAUUAAUGAAUCAAUAUAAAUGUAUGACAUUUUGGGGUAAGUACCUUUUUUACAUCAAGAGCAUCACACAGCAUGCCGGUUUUGCAUCUGGUUGAAAAUGUAACAAACUUCUAAAGCUCAUGUAUUAUUGACAGUGAACUUGUGCUGAUGCAGGGAAGCUACCUUGACCUGGUGUUGGUUAACUCCCUGUACUGUGCAGCACUAGAUACAGUUUUGUUGCAAUAACAUUUAUUCCAGUCAUGCAAAUUGCACCAGACAUUGAUAUUAAUUGUAAAUAUUCUUUUGAUUUGUUUCAAAUAUCAAACGUCAUUCCUUUUAAUCUACUGGAGUAAUAUUGUUUUGUUAUUUUAAAAGUGCACAGAAAACUUUUAUUGAUAUUCUCAUAUUUAUCUGUUGUUUAAUCUGUAAUUUUUAGACUUUGUUUUCAAAGGUGAUUAACUUAUCAAGCAUUCGUCAAAGACAAAUGACACACUGUGUUUUCCUAGUUGUGAUUAGUGCUAUGCUCAGAGAAAAAAGUGUCGUUUCACUUAGAUAAGAUAUAAUUGAGUGUAUCAAUGUUAAAUUCUUUUUCUUGCCAAGCUAUGAUCUUGGCAUUUUCCCUGCAAAAUGCCACCUAGCAUGUCUAGAUGAUGCAAUGCCAAAACCAAAUGAUUAAUGUCAAAUUUGAAGUUAUACCAAAGAUAAAAUAGAAUAUAUGAACUUGGUUCGUUUUAAAUGAGUUCUGCAGAUAUUUUGAAAACGGUAAUCUCCUCCUGAAAUUACCACCAUAUGAAAAAAUAUUAAUUAGUUCUUGUAUUUGUCCAAGUUAUACGUUACACUAUGUCAUAUGUCAAAUAUGUUUAAUUAACUCCUCCUGCAGUCCAAGGAUCUUAGAAUAUUUUUUGCUUUUUUUUGUAUGUUUAUGGAUAACUUGCAAUCCGAAAUUUGCACCUUUAAAUUUAUCAGUUAAUCUAUUGCAUUUUUUAAAACUAUCAUAGCGUGAAAGAAAAGAAAAGGUAUUUCUCCUAAGUCACAUAAAUAUUGUUCUCUGGAAAGGGUAGGCAGUAAAAUUGAAUUUGUACAUGUAUGGAUCACUGAAAAUCCAUGAUGACACUUGUUGUUUGCAAAAAGGGUAAGCCUGUCAUGAAUUGAUACAUAAUGAUAGAUGUAGUUGUUUUUUUAUGAUAGAAAAGGAGUGUUAAAUUGAGAUAUAGAUCCAUAUGGAACAGUGUGAGCGAAUUCUUACAGCCCUGGAAAUGUUACAUAUGUAAAUUAAGAAAUGUUACGUUUUCUUCUGCACCAGAUACAGUGAACAAAUACUACAACAUGUUGAGCCAUUGAACAAUUACUGUUACAGGUAUGUCAUGCUUGGUAUGUCUCUUACUGUUUCUGUUAUUACAUACCUUGUGUGUGGAGGAGAUGACUAUAUGAGCCUUGUGUGUCUAUAUAGAUAUGUUAGUGUGGGUAAUGAUGAAUAACCAAGCCAUGUCAUUUUCUGAAACACCAUGGCGUUUUCUGUAAAGAACUAAUGAGUUUCCAAUCUAUAUCUGCCUAGACAAUACUUACUGCUAUCUGCUCUUGUAAUUUCAACGUUACUGAAGUCUUUUGAAGAUACCUCUGAAGAAGAUGCUCAAGAGUAUAUCUGUGGAUACUUGCACUCUUUUGUUACCUUCAACUUUCACAGUGAGCUAGUCAAUCAAGGACAUCCUGUGUAAAGGCACAAGGUGGGAGGUGUUCGAUCUCCCACCUCAUGGGACUGUCGGUCUGGGUCCGCAUCCGCAGCUUGCCAGAGACUUUAUUCCUAGUGCAUGUUUCAGAGGUCAAGAGAAGCAUAGGCCACAAAUGGCAAAAAUUUAAAUGUCUAGACCAACCAUAGAGAGUAUCGUCUUGCCAACUUUCAUGUUCAUUCUUUUUAAGGGUUGUUUUAUAAAUGUACACAUAAGGAACAUCACACCUUGAGUUUCUUUUACCUUGGUGGAAAACGUAUGACUACAUUACAUUUAAGAUCUGUGGGACUGAGUGAAUAUUGUUUCAUGCUGCAGUCAGCAAUAUUAGUGCUAUAUCAUGGUAGCAUGUAAAUAAUCCACAUCUGGCCAACACAGACUUGUGACUGAUAAAUCAAUGAACCAUCCUUUGUCAAGCUGCAUGAGACACAAUCAGAUGACACAUUGUGACAGUGAUGAUCAGAUCAACUCUGGAUUUGGGCAUAUCAUAUGAAUGUUAUGAGUUUCCCAUUUGAUUCAAAUGAACUUUAAAUGAAAAGCCAAAAUUAAUAAUCACUUUCUGUUGAUGAUGAACAGUUCAGGUGUGAUUGUGUGUGACUGAACAAGUCUGGAUAUACUGAACAAGUCUGGAUAUACUGAACACAAGCAAUAUGCAUCUUGUUCCCCUCACUCCUGUGUCUCCAGCUCUCAUGCUCAUCUCUAUCACUAUGUUAUUUAUUUUUGUCAGUGCUUUGCUUUUUUGCACCCAUAAAACAAUAAUAUUGAAAAAAAAUGUAUGAUAUAUUUAUGUGUACAAGAUUUAUUUAAACUUCUGUGAAAAAAAGGAUGAAUUUAACAGUAAAAUAAGAAAACUAUAUUACAAUGAACUAUUUUUACUUGUAUGUAGAAUGUAAAUAAAUCAAUUUAUACAC